UUAGCGUAAGUAUAAUAAAAUGUUGUCAAUAUUUUAAAAGUUAUGGACUAAAUACUCAAACUGCACUAAAACUUUAGUAAAAGGAAAAAUAAAAAAGUGACAAAUAUGAGCAGAAAACAAACACCAAGUGAGUUUCUAAAGCAAAUUAUUGGAAGACCAGUUGUUGUUAAACUGAAUUCUGGAGUUGAUUAUCGAGGUGUGCUGGCAUGUUUAGAUGGAUAUAUGAAUAUUGCUCUUGAGCAAACUGAGGAAUAUGUAAAUGGUCAGCUAAAGAACAAGUAUGGUGAUGCUUUCAUUCGAGGAAACAAUGUUUUGUAUAUUAGUACACAGAAGAGGAGAGUCUGAUCCAGAGUUCAAAAAUAGGUUUAUAUUUGUUAUCCCCCACCUCAGCACAUAAGAAAAUCACCUGUAUAUUGGACAAGAAAGGCAGACAAGAAUCGUUUUAUGUACUAUGAAAAAGAUGGCUUUCAUAAUAUUUUUAUUUUCCAUUUAUCUUGUGAUGGAUUCACAUGCUCCUUAAUUAAAAUUAUUGUGUACGA